UGACAGUCUUGUUGGAAAUUGCUGCAGUGCUCUUUUCCCAGGUGUAGUGUAUUAUUAUACAGAUGAACUAAACUGGGCAACGGAGUCUCAUGUCACAUGUGCUUCAUAGGAAGAAACGGGGCAUCUGCAAGCUGGAUCUGGAGGAGGAUGCUGCGGCAAAUGAUACACAGAGGGCUCAAAGCUUCUUUCUACUGGCUGGGCUUAUUUGUUAGUAGGCAUCCGGUUUUUUUCCUCACCGUUCCCGCAGUCUUAACCAUCAUUUUCGGAUCUACAGUCCUGAGCAGAUUCAAGCCCGAAACGGACCUCGAGAUACUGGUUGCCCCGACCCACAGCUUUGCUAAAGUAGAGCGGAGUCUUGCGAACAGCCUUUUCCCCAUCGACCAGUCUAAAAACAAGCUGUAUUCCGACCUGCACACCCCCGGCAGAUAUGGCAGACUGAUUCUACUGGCCAAGUCUGGGGGAAAUAUAUUGGAGCUAGCCGACCAGGUCCUGCAGGUUCACAAGCAGGUGUUGGAUUUGAGUGUUAAUUACAAGGGAUUCAAUUACACUUUCGCUCAUCUCUGUGUCCUGAGCCAUCAGGAUAAGCGAUGCAUCUUGGAUGAUAUAAUUACGAUAUUCGAAGAUAUCCGUUUAGCUAUUCUGUCGAAUUAUACUUUCUCGAAGGUGCCCGUGAGCUAUCCAAAUACAACCUUAAAGGACGGUCGUGUGUCCUUCAUCGGCCACCAGCUGGGUGGAGUGGCCUUCUCGCCCAACAGCCGAGACCAGCAGGUGAAGUUUGCCCGUGCCGUCCAGAUCACCUACUACCUCCGCAAUCAUGGCCCCGUGGUUCAGGACGUCAUCGCAGAGAAGUGGGAGAACGCCUUCUGCGCCCUCAUCUCGCGCCUGUCCACGCUCAGCGAGGACCUGCACAUCCAGUCUCUCACAUCCUUCAGCCUGUGGAGGGACUUCCACCAGACGGGAGUGCUGGCUAAAGGGGAGGUGUUGGUCAGCAUGGUACUCCUCCUGCUGGCAGCCACCAUCUCCAGCUCCAUGAGGGACUGCCUGAGGGGGAAGCCCUUCCUGGGUCUACUGGGUGUGCUCACAAUAGCCAUCGCCAACGUGACUGCAGCUGGCAUCUUCUUCAUCUCCGACGGGAAGUUUAACUCCACGCUGCUGGGGAUCCCCUUCUUUUCCAUGGGUCAUGGAACCAAAGGAGUGUUUGAGCUCCUGGCGGGCUGGAGAAGAACUCGAGAGAGCCUUCCCUUCAAGGAGCGCGUGGCAGACGCCUUCGCCGACGUGAUGGUGUGCUAUACCAUGACCAGUUCCCUCUACAUCAUCACCUUUGGCAUGGGUGCCAGCCCCUUCACCAACAUCGAGUCGGUGAAGAUCUUCUGCCAGAGCAUGUGCGUAGCCGUCCUGGUCAACUACUUCUACGUGUUCUCCUUCUAUGGUUCCUGCUUGGUGUUCGCUGGUCAGCUGGAGCAGAACCGCUACCACAGUGUUUUCUGCUGUAAGAUCCCCUCAGUGGAGUACCUGGACCGCCAGCCCACCUGGUUCAAGACCAUGAUGAGCGACGGCCAUGACCACGUCACUCACCACGAGGUCUUGCCCUACCACAACCACUUCAUCCAGCACUUCCUGAGGGAGCACUACACAGAGUGGAUCACCAACACUUACGUCAAGCCCUUCGUGGUCAUCCUCUACCUGAUCUACGCCUCCUUCUCCUUCAUGGGAUGUUUACAAAUCAGUGAUGGAUCCAACAUCGUCAACCUCCUAGCCAGCAACACGCCCAGUGUGUCCUACGCCACGACCCAGCAGAAGUACUUCAGUAACUACAGCCCCGUGAUCGGCUUCUACAUCUAUGAGCCCAUCGAGUACUGGAACUCCACGGUGCAGGAGCACCUCACAACGCUGAGCCACGGCUUCAACAAGAUCUCCUGGAUGGAUAACUACUUUCAGUAUCUGAAGGUGGUGAAUGUGAGCGCCUCGACCAAAAGUGAUUUCAUCACCAUCCUGCAGGGCUCCUUCCUGCGCAGCCCGGAGUAUCAGCACUUCAUGGAGGACAUCAUUCUGUCCAAGACAGAUGGAGAUGAAAUGGAGAUCAUCGCGUCCAGGAUGUACCUGGUGGCACGGACGACGGAGAAGACACGGGAGGAGGUGGUGGAGCUGCUGGAGAGGCUCCGCCCACUAUCGCUCAUCAACAACAUCAAGUUUAUUGUCUUCAACCCCACCUUUGUCUUCAUGGACCGUUACAGCUCCUCCGUAGUGUCGCCCAUCCUCACCUCAGCUUUCAGUGUGCUCACCAUUCUCAUCCUCACCUUCUUCCUGGUCAUCAACCCUCUGGGGAACUUCUGGUUGAUCCUGACCGUCACCUCCGUAGAGCUGGGGGUCCUGGGCCUCAUGACCCUCUGGAAUGUACACAUGGACAGCAUCUCUAUCCUGUGCCUUAUUUAUACUCUCAACUUUGCCAUGGAUCACUGUGCACCCCACCUGUAUACCUUCGUACUGGCCACGGAGCACACCAGGACCCAGUGCAUUAAGAUCUCGCUGGAGGAGCACGGGGCGGCCAUUUUGCAAAAUGCCUGCUGUUUCAUCAUUGGGAUGUUGCCCUUGGUGUUUGUGCCUUCCAACCUGACCUACACACUGUUCAAGUGCUCCCUCCUCACCGCAGGCUGCACAGUGCUGCACUGUUUCGUUAUCCUGCCUGUGUUUCUAACGUUUUUCCCCCCGUCCAAAAAAAGGCACAAGAAGAAGAAACGGGCCAAACGGAAAGAGAGAGAGAGGGAGCGGGAGAUGAUGGAGAGGGAGAGAGUGAGGGAAAGGGAGGAGAUAGAGUGCAUUGAAGUCAGGGAGAACCCUGAUCACGUGACUAACGUCUGAGAGGCCGUGUGUCUGUGAGCGGUGAGCGGCGAACGUUGAGCGUCAGCGGGACGGUCUUCAGUGAUUGGUGGAUGAGGUGUUGGAAGCCUUUCCUAAAGUGAAGGUGGCCAUGCGGUGUAGCACCUCACAGGGCCCAAGGGGUUAGAGCUGACUGGUCCUCAGAGGGAGGAGGGAGAUAGAUAGGCUAGCAGCCGUGACCCAGCCAGACAGCCAGCAGCCAUGCUGUCCAGAGUAGAGACCAGACCAGAUCAGACCUAUAGAUCAGCUACGCCUUCAAACUGGAUGGGACAGUGUAUAUUAUCUGCACAGUCUGCUCAUGGUUCCCUCUGCUGUUCAUGCAGACACAUGCACACAGCCAGGACGCAACU